AUGUUUUAUGAGUGUGUUAAGCUUGAUAGUCCUACGUGCGAAUUCGAGAUUUGUGCUUUCUACGGGGGCGAAAAAACGUCUGAAUAUCCUUCCAAGUCAAUUCCUUCGUCUUGCCACUUGGUAAGUCUACGCCACACAGAGGUAAUAAGAAAUAUUCUGGAUUUAUGAAGUUUCUUGUUCAGUUUUUCAAAGUCAAUUGGUUUAUUUUAUGUUUUGCGGUCUCUGUUUCUUUAAUUCCCUAUUUUCUGACAUGUACAGACAUGAGCUUGUCUAAAGGCAGAUGGAGAGCGCGGUGUUCUUUCUGUCCCUGUGGAGAGCUACGAGAGACUGAGACACGAGACGAGACGACGAGACGAUGUAUGUGGAUAUCACUUGAACACUGUUCCACAAACUCCCAGAUAUUCCGCGAGAUGAUUCCCUUUUUCUAUUGUUAUUAUGUUUGCUAUUUACAAAUACCCACAUGUGGUAUGCCUUGUUGCCGAGAUUCGAUGUUACCGAGGGCUGAUUGCCAAGUUUUGCUCUCGGUUAUAUUCUUGGAGAAAAUCUGACAAUAAUACAUACAUAUCCAUUAGCUUCCAUAUCUUUGUCAUAUAGUAAGCCCCUACACCUUUCUCCUUGGGUCUUUCAUAAGUCCAACAAAAUCACGUUUCUUCUGUUUGACAUUAAAUAACAUUCCAUGUAGACUUCGAACGAAGAAGUUCCAGUUACAUCUCGGGUCAUGAGUUCUCUGGAAAUUAGCGGCAUGCUAUAA